CUCCCAACUACCCACCAGAGAAAACAGCUACUCAGUCUCCAAGAAGCAUACGCACACCGACACGAACGCAGACACACAUACACAAAAUACACGCACACACACACGUAACACGGGCGACCAAACCGUUCGCCACUAGAACACCCGUAGAAAUCCGUAGAAUAAUGUCCCCUAUUUCUGACACGUUCGCAGCCGUGCACGCAAUCCUGCGUCUUGUCGAAAGGUGCAGCCGUUUCCCGCCAUAUCGUGAAUUUAUCUGCCUCCGCAAAGCAAGGGAAACGUGCGAGAACUUACUAUGCUUUCUUCGAUUCGAAGGAACAAACGAUCUUUUGCACGAUAUUUUUGGAAUGUUUUUGUCGUUUUGUCACAAGCGGUUUUUCACAUUUUCGAGGAGCAGAACUUGUUUCUCUUUUUUUUUACAGGCUGCGAAAGUGUCGAUUGUGUAUUCGAGUUCGAACGCGGACUGUUUUUCUUUUUUGGUUGACAAAAUUCUCCGGACUGUCUUGACAGCAAAGACUUUCGUUCGCAAACCUGAACCCGGUCGAAAUUCGUGUAAAUGUAUUCAAUGUCACGUUGUCAACCGGUCUAUUUGCAAAAUCUCGGCGAUACAUCUCCGUUUCGCGGGUUCGGGUUCGUUGAAACGAACCUUUGCGACAUUUAUCACCAAAGUAACGAACAUAUACCAUAGAUCUCUAGUCCAUUCUGUACGAGUUUGGCCACCCGUGCGCACACCCAACCCGAGCAUAUAUAUGUGUACACGCAUAUGUAUGCGCACACUGGUUGUUACACACAUAAAAUUAAAAAAAAAAAAAAAAGAAAACCAUAUCAAAACAGAGUGUCUACUGAUGUCCGAGCGUCCGUGCGAAUUAUGUGUUUACGUUUGUUUUCUAUCAUACUGGAACAUACAGAUCUCUCUCUCGUUGCUCGUUGAUUAUACUCGCUUGACGUUUGUUUUUCUUUUUCAUGCACGCGACAACGAAAAGUGUCUUUUUUUGAUCGUUCUAAUUGUGCGCACUUCUCAUCUGCACUCGAGCAUUUCAAGCCGAACAAAGAAAAAGAAAAAAGAAAGAAAAUCGGGAGAAACGAAAUUCGAAAGUUGUCCGACCGGGAACGAUCUCGUUGAAGAACAAAAGAAGCUCGAACGGUCGAUUCGAAGAUACACGACGUGUAAUAUCGAUGACGGAUCGACGUUAUUCAAAUGUCCUCUACCGCUAGAAAUCACGCGUCUGAGAGAUUUCUCGUUUUGAUCCGUGUAGAAAACGGAAGUUAAACGGAAGUCACGGUUGACACUCUACGCUAUGCGAGUCGGCAAACACGGCUCUAGGAAAACCUAGUUGAUUAGUAAUAGCACAGCAAGUACCUCAUAGGAGAGUUACAUUGUUGGGAAUGCCGAAUGCUUCACAUAGAAAAUCUCUCGCGCGAUGACUAACGUAUAUACAGGAUGUCCCAAAAAUGUCUUGUAAUCCGGAAAUGGGGUGGUUCCUGAGGUCAUUCGAAGCAACUUUU